GCCCAACGGGAGGAGCCGGGAGGGCGCAGCCGGGCAGCCUGAGGGGAUGGGAAAAGCCCCACUGCCCCGUGUGGCCUCGCCGGCGCCUCUGAGGGAAAUGGCGGCUGCGUGGUUCGGAGAGCUCACCAGCAGCCCAAGGCAGGCCUCAGUGCGGGCCGUGAGCGGCCGAAGGGAGCACGGAUCCGCGCGGGCCGAGCUAGGUGCGGCCCAGCGCCACACGAGAGCGGGAGGACGGCGGCAGCGCCUCCACCGGGUGCCCCACAGCCUCCGGGGAGCGGGACAAGAGCUGAAGCGGUGCUCAGCCUGCGGCCUUGGCGUCCCCUCCUGAGGGGAAGGUGGGCGCCGGAGCGCCACAUGAAGCGUUACGCCGAGUAGGGCGGCUGAGGUGGAACUGGGCGCGGGUGCUACUGAUGCGUGGUGAAAUCCAGGGGAAAGGCUGGUGCUUACACAGUAAGGCACAGGAACACAGCUGAACAUUUUAAUAAGGUUGCUGCUUUCCAGGUUCUGGUGGAUUUUUGCCAGAGUUUGAAUUACAAUUGUCCUGAUAACUCAUACUCAAGUACUUCUCUUGAUAAGAAACCACAUACAAAAGUAACCUCCUGAAAAACAUAAGAAUUGGCACUAGGCCAGUGCAAACUGUGCUGGUUACUCUCUUGGACUUUGUUUUGGGAGGGAAUGAAAUGUCCGAAUUGUUAACACAGACCUCGUACAUAAGUUCACCUCUUUGAAGAAUAGGAUUUUCUCAAAGCAUCCCACAAAUUCACAGGAUUUACACUGCUAAGUUUCCAUGCACACACAGAAGCUACCCCACUUCUAAAUGAGAGCUGAGGUCACUGCAAAGUGAAACUUCAGACAGCUGUGGGUACCGUUGUUUGGGUGCACCCUGACUGCUUUGAGGCUUGCUCCCAUUAGGUGUAUGAGGUCACAGAAAGUUUCCUUUCAUUGUCACUAAAUUUGGUUAUUUACUUAAGGAGACAUACACUUAAAAUGUCUCCUUCCCAACCUUGUUCUGUUUUUACAAAUCUUUACAAAACCGGUUUCCCUUCUAUCAACAUCACCAUACAGAGUUCUAGGAAGGGAUGAGCAUGUUUUGUAACAUUGUGAUCUUAUCAUCUAGUAUCUCAGACUGCUGCACAGCUGAAAGAACUUCACAUGCCAGAUUUUUUACAAGGGCCUAUUGAAGCAACAGGACAUUACAUGUCAAAUUCACUCCUUGCUCUAAAAUCUCCAUUAAUAGAGAAAUUGUUUUUAAAGAACUGCACAUAAGAUACUUUUCAUAGCAAGUCUUACUUGUUUUAUUUUUAAACAUUAAUACUAGAAGAGUUCUUAGUGUAUCAAUAAUGGUCAUGAAGAGGUGGGUUAGCAGGCAGAAUGUUAGCAGGUAUUUUUUAAUCAGAUGUAGCGGGAACACCUACCACUUGGAUAUCAUUAGUGCAUGUGUUAUAUUAUGCAUGUAAUCAUUAUAGGUAUUCAUAUAUCAUAAAAUAGCAAGAGCAGAUUGAAAAAAAUUAAUCUGUCAUAGGGUGAAAUAGAACACAUCUACUUGGAUGCAAAAGUAACCUGAAAAAAAUAAUACUAAGAAAGGAGACCUAGCUGUGACUUUGAUACUAAACAUGGUACAGAAAGAACUUAACAUUUUAUUAUUAUUUUAUUUUAUUUUGUGCUUUUUAGAAGUUUAGCGGUCUCAAGCACGGUGCUCCUGCUGCCUGCAGUUCUGCACUCUUAGAUGUAAUCUCUGUAAGUAUCCAUCGGAGGGCAGCAGAUUACAAACUUUGUCAUGUCAUAGCACGGUCACUUCUGUUGGCCAUUCACAACAUUGGUGCCCAGAUGUUUCGCAAUCUCAUGUACAAGGCAGGCAUAACUGGGAAAUCCAUACAAUGGUACAUUCUCUAGGCCUGACUUAUGUGUCAAAGUCCAUUGUAAUGAUAGACCACUAUGAAAAAUCUUAGUUGAUCCUUAACACGCAGUAGCAUUCCUCUCAAACUACUUUUGCUGGCACUCACAUUAAAUUGUUUUGUCUUUUUUUUUUUUUUUUUAAGACAUCCCAAGUAACUCAUAUGGACAUUCAGUUUAGAAGCAUCUCAUUCAUUUUGUGACUGCUGUGUAAGGCCUCCUGAUUUUUUUAUUUUAUUUAUUUAUUUUUUAAUAAAAUCCAUGCAUGGCUGUCGUAACUGCAUAACAAUCCUCAUUUCACUGGAAGUGAGAUUUAGUGCACUUUUUUAUUAAUUUAUUUUAAUAUAAUCCUGCUAUAUCUUAUUUGUAAAGAAGAAACAGGAGCCAGGAAUCUCUAUGCUGCCAAAUAGGCUAGUGGGAGGCAGUUCAUUUGAAGAGGAGAAAAUUACUUUAGUAGAUGCCAAAUUACUUGGCAUCUGUGGCUGCUAUUAACAGUCCAUAGAAAAAUCAGCUGACUUAGCUAAUUUUUGCCUACUGGAGUUUUCUAGCCUAGUUACAGCAUGUAAGACUAAUUAAACUGGAUAUUGAUGAAAUCAGGUAGAGACGAAAAACAAAAUUUAGGUCAGGUUUCUCUUGGGGUAUAGCCAGUGUGGUGUUAUGCAAGUCAUAAAAACAACUUUAUACGUGAUAGUACAAAAGAGCAUAUAAUUUCCUCUUUAUAUAAACUUAGGGCACCAGCUUUUUUUUUUGUCAAGAUGAAAAGGUACUCAAUUACUGAUGGGAUAUACAAGUCUUGGCUGCUAACAAGAAUUGAUGAAAUCCUAUUUUUCUGAUCAGGAAAGCAACUAGACAACACAUGAGAAGAUUCCUUUGCUCAUGAUUCCUCUACUUAUCAUUUUUUCUUUCUCAGGACUGCACAGCUAUCUUGUGCUAACAGUCCUCUUUUUCAAUCACAAGCACAGGAAGACACGCUGAUGUCUGCAGCAUCUUAAUGCCAGUCCUACAUCCAUGCUUCUGCAGUAAGUUAGGCAGGACACCUACACAUCUCUAGACCGUGGGUAUCCUGGAGUCUCACAGCUGGGAGGCAUCUAUCUUACUCCCAGCCCAUUGCCAAGCUGACACUUCACAGUCUGCCUUGUUGUGUCUGUAAGCCCUGUUCAAGAGAAACAAUGUGAAUCUUUAAGAAUUGUUUACUAAAGUGAUGUUAUGGGAAACUAGUCUACUAUGAUGAGCAAAAUGUGCAGUAAUGCAGGUUAAGGAAUACUGAUCAAAUAUCUUUCAGGCUCAAUUUUGUUCCUACUGAAUCCAGCCAACAUCUGGACUGGGGAGGCUGUGCAUACCUGACUGCUUCCAUGCUUUGUGUGGAACGCUGGAUUGCAUCAUGGGAGUCUACUAAGCUGGAAAUAUUUCAGGGCACAUUAUUACCAUCCUGUCCUUCUUCAGCUGCUUUCCCUUGAGUGGGCCUGAAUGAAGACAAAUGUAAAGAUGGCAUGUCCAAGGAAUUUUAAAAGGUGUAGACCUCCUGACUGAGAGGUGCUGUGUAUUUUUUUAAUAAACUGCUGUUCGUACAGGUGAAAGUCAUGAUCACGCUAACAGAACUCAAAUACUUAGCAGAUGCUCAGUCAUCCUACCACAUACUAAAACCAUGGUGGGAUGUCUUCUGGUAUUACCUCACCAUGAUAAUGCUGCUAGUUGCUGUGCUUGCUGGGGCUCUCCAGCUUACUCAAACCAGAGUGUUGUGUUGUCUUCCUUGCAAGCUAGAAUUUGACAAUCAUUGUGCCGUGCCUUGGGAUCUAAUUAAAACCAAUCUUAACAUGUCUGCUAGCUCUACUGCACAGAUAAUCAUCCCACUUAAAAUCCAGAAUGAUCUCCAUCGGCAGCAGUAUUCCUAUAUUGAUGCAGUAUGCUAUGAGAGACAGCUUCAUUGGUUUGCCAAAUUUUUUCCAUACCUAGUGCUUCUGCAUACCUUUAUUUUUGCAGCUUGCAGUAAUUUCUGGCUUUACUAUCCUAGUACAAGUUCUAGGCUUGAGCACUUUGUAGCAAUUCUUCAGAAGUGUUUUGAUUCUCCAUGGACAACACGUGCCCUUUCAGAAACAGUUGCUGAGCAGUCUGUGAGGAAAUUGCCAGUUGCCAAAUCAAAAGCAGUGAUUUCAUCGCCUGGGAGUUCAGUAGAUGUAGGUGCCAGCAGACAGUCCCUGCCAUAUACACAACCUGGCUUGGAAACCACCGGAAGAGAAAAUUCAAGUGUUCUUGACAAAAAAGAAGGAGAACAAGCUAAAGCUAUAUUUGAAAAAGUGAAGAAAUUCAGAGUGCAUGUUGAAGAGAAGGAUGUCAUAUAUAGAGUGUAUAUGAAACAGAUCAUAGUCAAAGUCAUUGUGUUUGUAAUAAUAAUAAUUUAUGUUCCCUAUUAUUUAUCCUUUAUUAAACUUGAAAUUGAUUGCAUAGUUAAUGUACAAGCCUUUACAGGCUACAAAAGGUACCAGUGUGUCUAUUCAUUAGCAGAAAUUUUUAAAGUUCUGGCUUCAUUUUAUGUUGUUUUGGUGAUCUUCUAUGGCUUAACUUGUACGUAUAGUUUGUGGUGGAUGUUAAGAAGCUCACUUAAGCAAUAUUCUUUUGAGAAGUUGAGAGAGAAAAGUAACUACAGCGAUAUACCUGAUGUAAAGAAUGACUUUGCAUUUAUUCUCCACUUGGCAGAUCAGUAUGAUCCUCUUUAUUCCCAGCGAUUCUCAAUAUUCUUGUCUGAUUUGAGUGAAAACAAACUGAAACAGAUAAAUCUGAACAAUGAAUGGUCAGUGGAAAAACUGAAAAAUAAGCUAAUAAGAAAUUCCCAGGACAAGGUUGAACUUCACCUUUUCAUGUUAAGUGGUCUUCCAGACAGUGUCUUUGAACUGACAGAAAUAGAAGUCCUAAGCUUGGAACUUAUUCCUGAAGCAAAACUUCCUUCAGCUGUGACCCAGCUAGUCAAUCUCAAAGAUCUCAACGUUUAUCAUUCAUCAAUAACUAUGGAUUAUCCAGCAGUGAGCUUUUUAGAAGAAAAUCUGAAAACAUUGCGUCUGAAAUCUAGUGAGAUGGGAAGAAUUCCAUUUUGGGUAUUUCAUCUGAAAAACCUCAAAGAAUUGUGCUUAACAGGAUAUUUCAUGCUAGAUCAUCAGAACUCCAUUUACAAUGAAAGCUUUCAGGGGCUAAAAAAUCUGAGAUCAAUUCACUUAAAAAACAACCUUUCUCGCAUACCUCAAGUGGUUACAGAUCUGCCUUCUUUGCAGCACUUAUCUAUCAACAACGAGGGAAAUAAACUCAUAGUGCUAAAUAACUUGAAGAAGCUUGUGAACUUGAGAACCUUGGAAUUAAUCUGCUGUGAUCUAGAGCGCAUUCCCCAUUCCAUUUUUACCCUAAACAACUUGCAUGAAAUUGACUUAAGAGAAAAUAAUCUCAGAACAGUGGAAGAAAUCAUCAGCUUUCAACACCUUAAGAACUUGUCUUGCUUAAAGUUGUGGCACAACAGCAUUUCAUACGUCCCAGUGCAAAUCGGUGCGUUGUCAAACCUGGAACAAUUGUAUCUAAAUUACAAUAAUAUUAAAGAUGUUCCAUUGCAGCUGUUUCUUUGCAAAAAGUUACAAUAUUUGGAUCUUAGCUAUAAUAAGCUAACCUCCAUCCCUGAAGAAAUCGGUUAUCUGACCAAUCUACAGUACUUGGCUUUGACUAAAAACCAUAUUGAAAUGUUGCCUGAUAGAUUGUUUCAGUGCAAAAAGCUGCAAUUUCUUCUUCUGGGAAAUAACAGUCUGAUGAAUUUGUCCCCUCUUGUGGGCCAGCUACUCAAUCUUGUUCACUUAGAGCUCACUGGAAACUAUCUUGAAUCACUUCCUGCUGAACUGGAAGAAUGUCAGUUCCUAAAACGGAAUAGUCUAAUUGUAGAAGAAAGGUUGUUAAAAACGCUUCCACCUCGUGUAAGAGAUCGCCUGCAGACCAGCUCAGAUAAGUGCUAAGCUUGAACUGAAACUCUGCAUCAGUGCAUCCUGUAAGCCUUCUUGCUUAACACUCUCUAAAGAUCUGUACAGAUGGGCAGAAUAGCAGUUUACAGUUUAGUCUUAAAUGCAUUGAACAGAGUUGAUUGUAUUGGAAAAGCAAAACAUACUUAAACAAAAAUUACAGCCUUUGACAGGUAAUCAUAUGUUUAGAAAAUCUGAAGUAUGAAUUGCUGGUUGGAUUUCACUGGUUGAAAUAAUUUGGUUAAAUGCUUACAUAUUGGAAGAGUUGAUUGCCUGGCUAUCGUGAGUUUGUAUAUACUUUCUUUCCUAUGAGGAAAUUUUUUCUGUUGGUAGUGAUAACUUUAAACAGUUUCAUCUCCUGCCAUAUGAGGCCUAAGAACUGUCUGGAAUUAGUUUCUAAAUGUGAACACUUCACUAACUUAGAAUGUUAAAUAAAAAAUUAAAACUUUUUGAGCAGCUCAAUCGCAUGGGAUAUACUGAAAAUCUUUUUCACGGUACCUUAAUUUUUGAAGGUUUUUGACAAGUACUGAGAGUUAAUUCUAUAAUUGUGGAAGAUGUCAUUUAAAUCUUGCUAUUAAAGCCAGUUGGACAAUAAUACCUGAAGCCAGUUUCAGUAUUUUGUCUUAAAGAUAGUAAGUACAAAAUGAAACAUUGCCUAGGAACUUGGAUGAAUCGGGACAAUCUAGAGUAAGUGUUGUGCAUGUGUGCUAGUCACAUUUUACAGUACUGUCAUAAAGUUGGCAAACAGCACAAAAUUAUAAAGCUGUCUUAUGUAUGUUGUGAGCAUCCCAAGUGUUAAGUGUAAUGUGUGUUGCUAUUUAAUAUUUUUCAAUAGCCUCUCAUUUACUGACUGCCUCAAUGCUGCUUCUCCAUGCCCAGUUAUGAUAUUUUGGUGACUGGGAAGAGAAUGAAAGAGGUUUAGGACUGAAAGGCACAGUUAGAACAAACCAAAUAAUCACAUGCUUAAUAAGUACUUGAGAAGGAAAAAUAAGUUAUAAGCUUUGUCUCUUCUAGGACUGGAAUAGUUUCAUAAAUUACAGUGAUGAAAUGAGUUCAUAUGCCAUCCUUAAUACCUGCAACACUGGAUGGAAAUAAAAUGGUUCCUGACUUUA